GCCCCUCUGCCCCUCGGCCCCAGGUUCCUGCGAAUCCCUGGCGGCUCCAGCGGCCCUGGGGACCCUGCGGACCUUGCCUGCCUGGUCUCCACGCUGAUCCGACUUCCACCCCCGGGACCCGAACAGCUUAAGAGAUGGCUGCUCAGUGUGUCUCGAAGGUGGAGCUGAAUGUUUCCUGUGACAAUCUUUUGGACAAAGAUGUAGGGUCAAAGUCGGACCCUUUGUGUGCUUUGUUUUUGAAUACGAGCGGUCAGCAGUGGUAUGAGGUUGACCGCACAGAAAGGAUUAAUAAUUGCUUGAGCCCCAAAUUUUCCAAGAAUUUUGUUAUUGAUUACUACUUUGAAGUGGUUCAGAAAUUGAAAUUUGGGAUUUAUGACAUUGACAACAAAACUAUUGAUCUGAGUGAUGAUGACUUCUUAGGAGAAUUUGAAUGUACUCUUGGACAAAUUGUUUCCAGUAAGAAGCUAACUCGACCACUACUGCUUAAAAAUGGCAAACCUGCUGGGAAAGGAACCAUUACGAUUUCAGCUGAAGAAAUAAAGGAUAACAGAGUGGUCUUGUUUGAAAUGGAAGCAAGAAAACUGGAUAAUAAGGACCUGUUUGGAAAGUCAGAUCCAUACCUGGAAUUCUACAAGCAGACAUCUGAUGGAAACUGGCUAAUGGUUCAUCGAACAGAGGUUGUUAAAAACAACUUGAAUCCUGUUUGGAGGCCCUUUAAAAUCUCACUUAACUCCUUGUGCUAUGGAGAUAUGGACAAAACUAUAAAGGUAGAGUGUUAUGAUUAUGACAGUGAUGGGUCACAUGAUCUCAUUGGAACAUUUCAAACCACCAUGACAAAACUGAAAGCGGCCUCAAGAAGCUCACCUGUUGAAUAUGAAUGCAUAAAUGAAAAAAAGAGACAAAAGAAGAAAAGCUAUAAGAAUUCAGGUGUUAUCAGUGUGAAACAGUGUGAGAUUACAGUGGAAUGCACAUUUCUUGACUAUAUCAUGGGAGGAUGUCAGCUGAAUUUCACUGUGGGAGUGGAUUUCACUGGCUCCAAUGGCGACCCAAGGUCUCCCGACUCCCUUCAUUUCAUCAGCCCCAAUGGUGUUAAUGAGUAUUUGACUGCUAUCUGGUCUGUGGGACUAGUCAUUCAAGAUUAUGACUCUGAUAAGAUGUUUCCAGCUUUUGGUUUUGGAGCUCAGAUACCUCCUCAGUGGCAGGUUUCACAUGAAUUUCCAAUGAACUUUAAUCCAUCUAAUCCCUUCUGUAAUGGAAUACAAGGCAUUAUAGAGGCAUAUCGGGCUUGCCUGCCACAGAUAAAACUUUAUGGCCCAACUAACUUUUCUCCAAUCAUAAAUCAUGUGGCUAGGUUUGCUGCUGCAGCCACACAACAACAGAGAGCUUCUCAAUAUUUUGUGCUCUUAAUCAUUACUGAUGGUGUGAUCACAGACCUUGAUGAGACCAGACAAGCCAUAGUUAAUGCCGCCAAGCUCCCUAUGUCCAUUAUCAUAGUUGGAGUGGGAGGCGCUGACUUUAGUGCCAUGGAGUUUCUGGAUGGGGAUGGUGGAAGUCUUCGUUCCCCCUCAGGCGAGGUAGCCAUCAGAGAUAUCGUCCAGUUUGUGCCGUUCAGACAAUUCCAGAACUCUCCAAAAGAAGCACUUGCUCAGUGUGUCUUGGCAGAGAUUCCCCAGCAGGUGGUGGGCUACUUCAAUGCAUACAAACUCCUUCCUCCCAAGAACCCAGCUACAAAAUAAAGGAGCAGUGGCUGCCGCAAGCGUUGUUCUUCUGUGCUGUGUGGAGCAAUACAUUCAUCUCUCGACCCAAAUCAGGGGUCUGUCAUUUAAAUUGUACUUUUUACCCCAACAUUUAUGAUGUAAACCUGGUUCUUUAAUGGAUUGUAUCUAAAGUAUUCUUUUUAUAUACUUUUUAGAGGAAAGUUCUGAGUUAACCUUUGCCCAAAUAAUUCAGUGAUGCUGAUGAUUUAUAUUAAUUGAAGUGAGGCUAUUUAUCUUAGUAGCUAGUGUGAAAGAAGUCAUUUUUUUGGUGGUUGUUUAUUUUCAGGCUGUUUCUGAAUGUUUGUCAGUAGAAAGAAUGUAAAAUUGUUGGAAUGAUGCAAUUUGCAGGAUGCUUUACUUUGUUUGCUAUAGGCUCUAUGUUUUUUUAUAAGCUAUGCCUACAUCUGAUUACGAGACCUUCUUAAGUUAGAUGAUAUUUGUUCCUAUAACUGUAUUAAGUGCUUUUCCAUGGGAUAAAACUACCUAAAUUUUGCUGCAGUUUAGAGAGACACUGCACAGUUUACAAAGUAGCCUGCAUUUGCAUAAUACUUAAGGAAAAGUACUGAAUUACUUUCCUUCCAGAAGGAAAGGUACAUACCCAAUUCUUAAAAUGUACAAUCAGUGAGUAAAGAGAAUCUUAUGAGAGCAAGCCAUUUUAUUUGCCUUUCUAAUCUUUUGUUUUCAUCGUGGAAUACAAUAAACAUGGUUGGGUUCAAUGUUUUCAUUGACUAUAUGUGACACUCAGGAUUCUCUAUCUGCACAGAUGAUAGGUUACACUAGAUCCAACAUUAUCAGAUUAUUUUAAUUAGAGUUUGUUAACAUGGUUAUGUCUGCUUUGUCUAGGAAAAUAAGGAGGACCAAAAUAUAAAAGGAGAAGUCAGAAUUCCAUUUCCUUCUAACUAACGAGUUUACAUACUAAAAAAAGAUAGUUUUUAUGCUUUCCUUGCCAAGAUCCCAUACAUUGAUUUGUACAUUUGUAUAGAUUCAUUUAAACAUUUUUUCCUUUUCUUAGAAUAACUUUUUUAGUCCGAUUUCUAACUUCAUGAUACCAGUUAUUAAUCAAAAUCACAUUUUGAUAAUCUGCUAUUUCCUAAGUCCAGAAUGUAUUGUAUUCAGCAGAAAACUUGCAGUUAAAAAAAAAAAUCCAGUUGCUACAUUAGGAUAGAGUAAAUUGGACAGGCUUUUUUUUUAAAAGUAGAAUUUCCCCCCUAAGUUUUGCCUUUUAGAAUAUAUUACUUAGCAAGCAUUACAUUUUCUAAGUACAUUCAGUAACAUUUAUUGAGGACCUGUGUACAAAGUACUGUACAUAUCCAUAUAUCGGUCAAUCAUCUUUAAUAAUUUAGCACUAAAAAUUGCAUAAUUCUCACGUAUCCUUAAGUGGAUGCACACAGUGCCUUGUUGACAUGAAAACUUGUGCCACAGCCCAUGUCUCUUUUUCUCUGAAAUGCCUGAAGGAAGUAAGCUCUUGGCCAUAUCAGCUUUUGCUUCUCAGAAACAGUCAUUACCAAGGUCAAGUUCAGAGGGAGGCUGCUUGCUGUCCUGGUUGUCUAGCUAACCCAGGUGAGCAGUUAUCACCUUCCCACUGAGCUUACUUGUCUCUGGACAUGUGCUGUUAAUCCCCAACUACCUAACUAGUAAAGUAAUCCAUUACUCUCUUCAGGCAACAAGCCAUUUUGACAUCAGGUGAGAAGAAAACAGAUCAUUCUUUAAUUCUUUGUUUCUCAUAUGUCCUAAUUUCAGUUUCCCCCUUAUGUACUUGAAUCAGUAUAUAUGUGCUGCCAUGGUUUUCAGAAUUUUCUUUCUUAAAUAUGCAAAGUCUUUAAUAAAAUGAUUUGCACAUGUUCUCAAUGUAUAGUAAGAUAUAUAGGGUGGAGCUUUUCUGUUUGAAGUGAGGGCAGGUUCAGAGUCCCACAUGCAGGUCCUCCUCCUGCCUCCUGUGUAGGGUCGCCUGUUCUUCCAGCACCUGAGUUACCUGCACAGGGACUGGGAAGCACUGGUCAGAAGCAUUCGUUGUUUUCAUUGGCCAAAUAACAGUACUUCUGUCAUCACCAUUGACUUGAUUGGUCUUCAUGAUUUUAUAUUGUUUUUUUACCAGAAUUGUUCUCUUUGCAAAAUUGUUUUAUACUCUUCAUUCUUGGAUAGUUUCAUAAAUCUAUGCUAUUAUUUAUAAGAACUAUGAUUCUACUACAUUAGGAUAAUUGGUACCUUCCUGCAGUUUUGAAUAAAAGCAUUAAUAAUUUUUAAAAUACCAUUUUAUAAAGUUCUUAGAGUUUUGACACUUUACCUCAUUGCAUGCCGAUAUAAUAUUGCUUUAUAUUAAUAUUGUCUUGGUCCCUAUUGUGUCACUAUCCAGUCAAGUGCCAUUAGUUCUUAAAAUGGUCUGAAAAAAAUAAUCCAGUUGACUUUCACAUAUUAGUAUCAGAUAUAUUACAAACAAAUAUUGGCGUGACAGUGACAAACAAAUAUCAGAUAUAUUACAAACAAAUAUUGGGGAGAAAUAUUUCUCACAUGUAUCUGUCCUGAGAAAAUGAUGAACCAACUAGCACGGUCACAUCAUAAUGGUUAGAAUUGAAAUUUUAAUAUCAUAAAAAUUUUAAGUCAGAUCAGGGAUUUAUAAUUGUUCACUUUGGUAGUGCCUUAGGCCUUUCCAGAGUAAAUUCAAGGCCUCAUGCUAUUUAUACUGUAUUUUGACAUAAUUGGCCUUUUUGGUUAUGUACAUUUUAUGAAGAGCCAACUUCAAUAAAAUCUCUUCUAGCCUUUAUGUGUGAGGUAAAAUAUGUAGAAGUAACAUGAAAAUUAAACCACAAGUUUGGGGCCUCCCCUGGUGGCGCAGCAUUUGAGCGUUGGGCUGCAAAGCUGCCCGCAGCCUCUGCAGCGUUGGUUCAAUCUCUGGCUGCCAGCGAGGGUCCCACAUGGCGCAGACCUCUCCUGCCACGCCCGCUGCUCCCCUCAGCAGUGUACUUCUUCAUCAGUCUGCCUGUUCUGCUCCCCGUUCUGGCUCUGGUGAAUUCUCUCACCCUCCCGCACUUCUGACUGUACCCAGUGCUUGUAUAAAUAAAUAAAUAAAUCUAAAAAAAUUUUUGGAAAAAAAAAAAAAACCAACCACAAGUUUGGUUAAGAUUAUAAGAGACUCUUGUGCUUUUAUAGAUGUCAUACUUGAUAAUUAGUUUAUAUGUUACUACUAUGUAAACCGCUGUUCAAUAUCUUCCAUUUGAAUUCCCUUUGGAUAAAAUUAUUUCUUGAUGCAAUACAGUAGUGCUUUGUUUUCAUUUUCAUUCUUUCUCUAAAUUAAUCAAAACCAACAAGAAUGUUAGAAAUAAAAAUGAAUGUAGUAUUUUGGGUGGGCUGUAUUCCAUAUUUUCCCAUAUCAAACCGUCUCAGAGGACUUUAUUAUUUUAUGAUAUUUAUUUUAAAGAUAUCAAAUAUAUUCAAGGUACUUCCUGGAUGCAGUAAGGGAAAAACUUUAAGUUUAUAAUGAGGCUGGUCUGAAAAAUAUGGUGCUAACAUUUUAUCAGUUGUGCUAAACAGUAGAAUAU